CUAUAAAGUUGCCUAUCGCAUCGCUAAAGCAGAGAAGCAACAUACAAUUGCCGAAAAUCUUAUUUUGCCAGCAGCUCUAGAUAUGAUUGAAAUUAUGGUCAGCAAGCAGGAGGCAAAUAAGUUGAAAAUUAUACCUCUUUCUGAUAAUACAAUUUCACACAGAAUAAAAGAUAUGGCCAAUGACAUUCGAGACCAAGUAGUUGAAAAAUUAAAGAAGAGCCCACAUUUUGCUUUACAGUUUGACGAAUCUACAGAUGUUUCAGAUUGUGCUCAGUUUAUAAUGUUUGUGAGAUAUGAAGCAGAUGACAGUAUCGAGGAAAAAAUAUUAUUUCGCAAACCGCUUCCAGCAAACACUUCUGGACAGUGUUUGUACGAUAUGUUUUUAAAAAGUACUUACGACUAUGACAUUGAUUGGAAAAAAUGUAUCGCUAUUUGCAGCGAUGGUGCUAAAA